AAGCAUUUGAUUCUCCAUUCUGUGGCCAGCCGAGUCAGUUCUCAGUGGCACUGCGACCAGGCCACUCCGCGACACCUGUUUCCUGUAUCCAGUUCUUCCACCGUCGUCCCCGUGGCCAGUGUCGAUUCUCAAAUUCGUCGACCGAGCUGUGAAAGGAAUUUCCAAGCGAGAAGUGACAGUAAGAGGACUUCUGGUUCGUUCAGACAGUCCUUGCGCCGUGUGAAGAGACUCUAGCUGUGCCAGCUUUCGGGAAUAUCGCUCUGUCCGGGAUUACUUCCAUUAUUCCAAUUCCUCGGAGUCAGUGGGAUCAUAGGAGCCUUCUACUGAAAGUGAUCAGAGAAACAAUGGUGAAAUUUCGUCGAUGAACAUGCGGUCGAUGGUGAACGUUCGAACCAUGAGAUGCAACUGACUCCAGGCACCCAUUGCUCGUCCCUGAGGAAGCUGCUGUUCUGUCGUUGAGUCUGCGUUACAGAAAUGGAGAACACUGGUGCACCACCGGCCUCUUCCAUAGAGCUGAAGACGCGGAGGGCGCAGUUCCAAACGCAGGCCUCGAACUUGGACACGAGAAGGAGGCAGGCUGUGUGCGUGAGAAGAGCCUUCAAGAAGUAUGGGCCCAACAGUAAUCCGAAUAUUAUCCUGGAUGGAAUGAACAUGACUGUGCCGAAAGGCGCGAUAUACGGUUUGCUUGGAGCCAGUGGUUGCGGAAAGACUACAUUACUCUCCUGCAUAGUGGGCCGAAGGCGUUUAAAUUCCGGUGAGAUCUGGGUGCUGGGUGGUCGACCAGGGUCCAAAGGAUCAGGUGUUCCAGGUCCACGCGUGGGUUAUAUGCCACAGGAGAUCGCAUUGUACGGAGAAUUCUCCAUUAGAGAGACAUUCAUCUACUUCGGUUGGUGUGCUGGCAUGUCCACCGAACAAGUGGACGUAAAACUAGAAUUUCUCAUUAAGUUCUUGCAGCUGCCAUCAGAGAACCGUUUCGUGAAGAAUCUCUCCGGUGGUCAACAAAGAAGAGUAUCUUUCGCUGCGGCUCUCCUUGCUGAUCCAGAAUUGCUGAUCCUAGAUGAACCCACCGUGGGUGUAGAUCCCGUCCUACGUCAGAGUAUUUGGGACCACCUCGUCCAGAUAACAAAGGAUGGCAAUAAAACCAUCAUAAUUACAACCCACUACAUAGAAGAAACGAGGCAGGCUACCACCAUUGGCUUAAUGAGGAGCGGUAAAUUACUAGCAGAAGAAUCACCAACAAAAUUAAUGGAAAUACACAACGUGGAUAGUUUAGAGGAGGUAUUUUUGAAUCUCAGCAAACGACAAAAUAUGGGACUUCGAAGAAGAAGCAGCAUCCUCAGCAGUGUUACCGGUGUUCCUCCUGAAGCUAAUCCAGAGGACGAAAUGAGCGGUGAAUUCGGCGACAACGUCAGUGUAUCUAGUCGAAGAAAGAGCAUCGUCAUCGACGAUGCAAACGUACCAGAACUGCCACCGGAAGAGAAAGGUUCCUCUAAAUUUAAGAUGCUCGACUCCCAGCACAUGAAGGCUCUUAUAUGGAAGAAUUUCUUGUGGAUGUGGCGAAACGUGGGCAUAAUGUUAUUCAUCAUCGGUCUCCCAGUCGUGCAGAUCGUUCUAUUCUGCCUAUCCAUCGGUAAAGACCCAGUUGGCCUAAAGAUAGCAAUAGUGAACCACGAAUUAAAUAAUACCAUGGAACCUUGUAUACCAACGAAGGACUGUGAUUGGACGCGGUUAAGUUGCCGAUUUCUACAGCACUUGGAGAACAGAUCGAUGGUUCUUUUACCCUACAACAACGAUAUGGAUGCAAAAAAUGCUGUGAUGGAAGGAUGGGCUUGGGCUGCCAUAAUGUUUCCCGCGAAUUACUCAGAGUGCUUGGAAAUAAGGAUAAAAGACGGCAAAGAUGUUGAUGACUGGAAUGUAAAUUACUCCAACAUGGACAUCGUCAUGGAUAUGUCUAACCAACAAAUUGGCCAGCUUCUUCAAAAAGAUUUUUAUAGCUCGUAUCAAGAUUUUGCUCGAGAAACUACGGUAGCCUGCAAUUACAGCAACAAACUGACAAAUAUACCGGUUCAUUUUGAAGCACCGAUUUAUGGUCCCAAGGAUCCAAACUUCACCGAUUUUGCGGCACCUGGCAUUAUUUUAACAAUAAUCUAUUUCUUGUCGGUCGCCUUGACUUCCGGUGCCAUGUUGUUGGAAAGGAACGAAGGUCUUCUAGAAAGAAGUUUAGUCUCUGGUUUGACAGGAACGGAAAUUCUUUUUGGACAAAUUAUAACUCAAUUUGUGGUAAUGUUAGGUCAAACAUUGAUGGUUUUGAUAUUUUCAUUCGCCGUCUUUCAAAUCACGUGGGAAGGUAAUAUUGGUUGGAUCAUUGUACUAACGGUCCUUACCGGAUUGAGUGGAAUGAGUUUUGGAUUCGUUAUUGCUUGUGUCUGUGAAAAUGAAAAAAGUGCUACUUACAUGGCAAUGGGUUCCUUCCUACCAUUUGUAAUGUUAUGUGGAAUAAUUUGGCCUAUUGAAGGAAUGCAUGAAAUACUGAAAUAUAUCAGUUAUAUAUUACCUCUUACAAAGAGCACAGAAUCAAUGAGAGCUAUGCUAGCUAGAGGAUGGUCAAUUUCAAACCCUACUGUUUACAAUGGUUUCAUUUCUACACUUAUUUGGAUAAGCAUCUUUCAGACCUUAGCAAUAUUGUUAAUUAAAUUCAAGAAAGGAUAAGAACUUUUUGUUAGAUCAUAGACUAAAUACUACACUGUAUAUUAUAUGAAUGAAUAUGUAUAUUUUAUAGUACAAAAUUUAUUGCAUAAAGUUUAAAACAUUCAAUGAAUUCUUUCAUGUUGCAAAAAAAA